UGGAAUCCUUCUCAUCUUGUCUGCCACAUCCCAUCCCCACUCAAUCCACACAACGAACGCGUUCAGUCAUCAUGUCCUUCGCCGAACAAGCCAGAGCCCUAGUAAAAGCCAUGCGUGACCAGGCCGCGGCGGAAGCUGCGGCUGCCCCAGUGCAGCUGCCGACCUUGCAGAAGACACUUGCCAAGAUGUUCAAAGACACCUUGCAAGGCAAGAAGAUAGAGCUCAACGGCGUUGCUCACAAUGUCAAGGUCUCGCGUGUGUCUGUCGUGGGCUCUACUAUGUAUAUAGACACGCUCCUCACCACUGAAGGUGAAUCACUCAUUACCUGGAAAUAUCUCCAGUUGAAAGACUACAACAAAUUCAGUCUCUCUGGAGAACAAUUUGCCAAGAAUCUCGGGGUGAUGAGUGAAGAUGAUUGGUAUGCAGCGGGCAUUGAUCAGUUGACUAAUCUCCUCGCUUGAAACAACGCAACCCGCUAACUUGCCGCCCCCAUUGCUUCCGAGUCCUUUUGUAACAAGUAUCAGAGUUACUGUAUUACCCUCCACUCAGCCAUUAUCAGUAUGACAAUGUAUACGCCUGUGUAUUACUACUUGCAAAUUCGUUUCAGCCGGGUAUCAUAUUGCUGAGGU